UAGCCCUCGGCGGGGCGGCGGCGGGAGGAGCCGUCGGAGCCGCCGCUGUCGCCGCUGUCGCCGUCGCUGUCGCCGUCGCGCCGGCCGCGGGCAGAGUCAGCACCGCGGACAGCGCCCCCUCCGCGCCCCCACUCCGCGCCCCCUCCGCGCCCCCUCCGCGCCCCCUCCGCGCCCCCCUUCAUCAUCAUGACGGCGGAGAGCCACCUGCAGGGCGUGGAGAUCUCGGCCGCCCAGUUCUUCGAGAUCUGGCACCACUACGACUCCGACGGCAAUGGGUACAUGGAUGGGAAGGAGCUACAAAACUUCAUCCAGGAGCUGCAGCAGGCGAGGAAGAAGGCAGGCUUGGAUUUAACACCCGAAAUGAAAGCUUUUGUGGACCAAUAUGGCAAAGCUACUGAUGGAAAAAUAGGAAUAGUCGAGCUUGCUCAGAUAUUACCAACGGAGGAGAAUUUCCUGUUGUUCUUCAGGUGCCAGCAGCUAAAGUCAAGUGAAGACUUCAUGCAGACAUGGAGAAAAUAUGACAGUGACCACAGUGGCUUCAUUGAUUCUGAGGAACUUAAGAGCUUCUUGAAAGAUUUAUUACAGAAAGCAAAUAAGCAGAUUGAAGACUCAAAGCUAACAGAAUACACAGAAAUAAUGCUCAGGAUGUUUGAUGCAAACAACGAUGGAAAGCUGGAGCUUACUGAACUGGCCAGGCUACUCCCAGUACAGGAAAAUUUUCUUAUUAAAUUUCAGGGUGUCAAAAUGUGUGCAAAAGAGUUCAAUAAAGCCUUUGAGAUGUAUGAUCAAGAUGGGAAUGGAUACAUAGAUGAGAAUGAACUUGAUGCACUGCUGAAGGAUCUCUGUGAAAAGAACAAAAAGGAAUUAGACAUUAACAACCUUGCGACAUACAAGAAAAGCAUCAUGGCCUUGUCUGAUGGAGGAAAGCUGUACCGAGCAGAACUGGCUCUCAUUCUCUGCGCUGAGGAAAAUUAGAACUCUUCUCUCAUGUCCACUUAACUAGUGACGUACUCUAUCUACACAAUAACUGUGCACUAUAAGGGAGUAGGCUGUAUUUUUAAACUGCAUAUAGAAAAUUAGCCAGGAUGUGUGGCACAUUCCUUUGAGUUUGUUUCUAUACUGUUUGUAAUGUACAGUUUUUGUAAUAAUAAGAUUGAUAAAGAGAAUGUCUAUGUUUGGGCCAGUCUGUAUAUUCAAAGAAACUAAAAUAUGUUGGCUUUUUUUUUUUUUUUUGGCUUUCAUAAACACAGCUGGAAAAAACUAUAUAUAUAUAUAUACCUGCUGAUAUUUUGUGGUCAUCAUAUCCUUUGACACUUGCAACAUUUUUCCUUGUUGAUUCAUAUAACAUAAAGGUCUCUCUCCCAAUUACAACUAAUUUUUUUUUGUAUAAUACAAAUUCAGACAAAACAUUAUUCAUGUCUGAAACAGAAAAGAGAAGUUGGCAUGUCUGAUCUCCAAAAGUUACCAAGGCAUCAAGGAAUAUUUUCAGUUGUCAAACUACCCACUUACAGGUCUGUGCGCUCUGCAGUUUUUUGAUUACUGUUCUCAUUAGGAACUGAUAGCAUAUAGGUGAAGCAUUUAUCUCCUUGAAGUAGUUGACAAAAAUACAGUGUUUUCAAUCUAGCUGUUUAACUUUACUGAAUUUAAACAUAGGCACUUUAGAAACAAAUGCCUUUAAUCUGUCUCGGAAUCCUGGCUAAGUGACAGGUAGCAUAGUUAAUACACAGAUGCACAUAUAAGUGUACCUUUCAUGACUAUUGCUGUGUCAGAGAAUAUGACAAUCCAUUUUCUAAACUAUUUUCACAUUUUGCAGGUUAUAAUUAUUCUAGUAAAUUGCUGUUUUUACAUCAUAUUCUGUGUAAUCUGUAAUUAAAUUUAAUAUCCUAAGACUGUUGUUGUCUAGUAUGUCUAUCAUGUCUAUCUCCUGGAUUCUUUUUUCUGUACCAUGUAAAGGACAAAACAACUAUUUUGAAAAAUUGUGCCUCCUUAGAUUACAUUGGGUUACUAAUCUGUAAUAAUAGUAUUAAAAUUUAACACUAAAAUAAAGAAAAGAUCUAGUAAAUAUUUUGUACCUAUUUAGUAAUUUGGUUUGCAUGGUAAGCUCUGCUUUUUAUUAGUCUAGAGAUUUUUUUUUUAAAGUGAGAACUGUAUGGAAGCAGCUCUUCUUCUAUCUUCCUUCCCUUACCCCGUUUUUGUUGUUGUUGUUGUUUUGACUAGCUCUUCUUUUACUUUACACCAGUUUUAUGCCAGCAUAACUCCAUGAACAUCCAGGUCAUCACUCCAAGUAUCUUCUUGUAUAAGAAGGAAAUUGGGCUAUGUCAUAAAGCCAAUAAAUCUAUGUUGCCUCCAUUUAAAGCUGUUUCAGAAGCAAUUCCAGGUUAGAAGAUUAGCUAUAUAUAACUUCUCAAAUGCAUCUCUGUGUCUUACUUAACAAGCAGAAGGAAAUGCAUUUUAUUUGAAAUGUGUGUCUAACAAUGAGGCUCAGAUCCUUCAAGAUUAUUCUGGCACUGAACUCCCACUGAAAUUAAUCCGUGACCUCAUGUGAACUCAGGCAACUAAAUGCCUGUUUCAGGAACGGCCUGGUAGCCCCAGGCUCUCUCAGCCUUGGAAAGUUAAGGAGUACCUGGUGCAGGAUGGAUCUUUACUGAAGAAAGGCUCGAAAAUGGAAAUGAAUUUAAGCUAGCUCAUUCUUACAGCCUUACUCCCACUCGACGCACAGUGAUUUAACUUCUCACCUGCUUGUUCUCUCUAUGCAAUGUGAAAUACAACUGUGUAUGUUAACUGAAGGAACAAUGAAUAGAUUAUCUGCCUAUCAGUACAAUAAAUGAUUGAUAUUGUUCAUCCUGUGCAGCUGAAA